AUGAAAGAGAGCACGAAGAGAGAAGAGUUGAUGACAGAAAUCAAGACCCUUCCAAUGAGCAAGAUAAAGACCAGCAAAAGCGCGCUAAUUAGCAGGAUUAUUCAAGGAAAAUACUCUGAGCUGGAGCAGAUUGAGCUGCGGAGAGAGCUUCAGAAGAGAUUUAUAAAUGACUCUGAAGGAAAGAACAAUCCGGAGUCAAAGCUCUCCGAAACUGAAGACGCCAUUAAGAGGCAGUGCAACGUGUCUGUUGAGGCUGCAAAGAAGCUUGCAGAGUCAGAUGGAAAGCUGAGCAAAAUAAAGCGCAGUCAAGAAAGAAUUUCAGAAGAGAUGAAGAAGGCAGAGUGCACUCUUCAAAAGAAAAAGUCAAAAGAGUUUAGAGAGGAAAUUCUGCUCAUUGGGGCAUUUGGCAUUUUCUUUAGCAUUUGUUCAUACAUCCUCUUAGAUAAGUUUGUGUUACAGAGAGCCUAA